CUCUCUACACCGCCCACGCCCACAUUCACGCUCUCUCCGUCUCUGCCACUGCUGCUUCUCUCUCUCGCCUCCCACUGCCAUUGGCAAUCAUUAUUGCUACACGGUGCCCAGCCCGCUACCAACGAUCGCCGUCAUUGCUCCCUCAGCCAAGUCUGAAGCUGCACGCGCCCGUUUGGCUGGUCCGUCAGCGGCGACAGAGUUUCGCAGGCGGUCCCGCACUACCGUACCACUGUCUUCACCCUUGACUAGGUCCUUCGGCGUCACUUCACCAGAAUACUGCGCGACCGUGACUGCGAGCGCGCCUGACGCCGACGACGAGCCCUUGCCCCCCCCCACGAGUGCACAAACAGAGCGAGGAAGACAGUACCUAGUAUCUGGGCCACUGCACCACGGCAGCGCAUCCCACCCAUUGCGCCCUGAGAGCCUGGUAGCCGAAGCACAGCACACAAGGCGCACCGCGGGCCCCAACUGCUCGAGGCGACCGUUAUGGCUGACCAUCAGACAAAUACACUGUACAGGCCUGACCAGUUCAUGAACCCGGGUCCUGCGCCGGCACCGCCUGCAGGCAGGGCAAAAGUGACCCUCACGCCCAACGUCUAUAAUACGCCGGGCAACCCAAACCUCAAAAACAUAUACAAUGGCCCGGACGCCUCAGCCAAUACUUCACAAGCCUCGCUUCAUCGCACGGGCACGAGCAGUGGCGAGAUGACUGUAAUCAAAGACGGCUGGGCCAAGGUGAAAGAGGAAGGCGGUGGUUUCAUGAAGUCCUUCUGGAACGAGCGUUUCCUGGUGCUCCGCGAGAAGCAGCUCGACUUUCUGAAGAACAAUACUCACAAUAAGACCACGAACGUCAUCUACCUGAAAGACGUGUCACACAUCACACGAUCUGACAGCUAUCCGUACGCGUUGGAGAUCACGCGAGAUGGGAACAAGGUGUGGAUUCUCAAGUUUGAGGCUGACACGGAAGUCUACAACUGGAUGGACAGCAUAUAUGAUCGAUGCCCUCAGAUGGGUGGUGUGUCGCAUCCCACCGGCUUUUCGCAUAGAGUGCACGUCGGUUUCGACCCCGUCACUGGGGGUUUCGUUGGGCUGCCAGUCGAAUGGGAAAGACUGCUGAAGGGCAGUGCCUUGACCAAAGAUGACAUGGCCAAAAAUCCACAGGCUGUUAUGGAAGUUCUGCAAUUCUAUACCGACAAGCUGCAAGUCCGGGCAGACGAUCCAAAGUCAUACCCAUCGCUCACGCCCACACCCAGCUCAGAGAACAAUGCCAACAAACAACUGGGCUAUAAUGGAGGGAAUGGCGUCACACCGCCAAGGCCGCAGCCGCCGGGAGUCAAUCGCCAAGAUAGCAAUUAUAGCGGGAACGGCCAGACGCGAGCUCCUGGUAGCUACGGCUCGGGAUCUUCGAGAGAGCAGUCUACAGAUCGUCGAAACGACGAUGACCGCGCCAGGCGACAACAGGAAGAGCAGAAGGAGCACCAACGAAGGCUUGAUGAGGAACAAGAGCGCAAGCGAAGACAGGAGCAAGAAGAUCGUGAGUACAAUGAGUCUCUGCCGAAGACGAAAACCCCCCUUGCCAAACAAGAGGUGGGAGGAGGCGGCUACAGCGACUCUUCAUCACGAGACGUUAGUCCAGCGAAUGGGCAUGGUAAGUACAACGCCAGCAGACCUGCCCCGCCAGCACCGUCUCAAAGCAAGAAUGGUCAAGCCGGCAGCUCGCUACCCAUACGCAAUCUGCAAGCCCAAAGGGCUGCACCAUCGCCGCCGCAGAAUGGUGCUUCCACGCCAGCAAAGAAGCCUGGCGCGACGGGUACUCAAUCUCCAUAUGCUGUUAAACAGCCUGGUACAGGUGCCAACGGACAGGCACGGAAGGACGAGCAGCCACUUACUGCUGGAGCCGGUAAUCAUCAGAAGCAGGCAUCAACGUCCGGGCAGGUCAAACCACUGAAUGUCGCGACCAAGCAGCCUUCGGGCAAGCCAGAUCCGGUAAAGGUUGCGGAAGCAGCACUUACGAAGAAAGAUCCCGAGCCCAAGAAGGAAGUGCGAAUGAGCGCCAUGUCCGAUGCUCAGGUUAUGGACCGCCUCCGAUCUGUGGUCACAUUGAGCAAUCCUCUUGAGAGCUAUAACAAGCAGAAGAAGAUUGGUCAAGGUGCUUCCGGAUCGGUGUACGUGGCUCGUGUGCGCGAGAGCGCUCCUAGCUCCACAGCCCAAAACUUGAUCAAGAUGUACGGGCCCAAAGCACAAGUGGCGAUCAAGCAGAUGGAUCUCCGAUCGCAACCAAGGAAGGAGCUGAUCGUGAACGAGAUCAUCGUGAUGAAGGAAAGCCGACAUGACAACAUUGUCAACUUUCUAGACGCUUUCCUGCAAGAGGAGACCUACGAGCUAUGGGUGGUCAUGGAAUUCAUGGAAGGUGGUGCACUGACGGAUGUGAUUGACAACAACGCGUCCAUCUCUGAAGACCAAAUUGCCACGAUCUGUUACGAGACAUGCAAAGGUCUCAUCCACUUGCACGCGCAGAACAUUAUACACCGAGACAUCAAGUCAGACAACGUUCUUCUGUCCUCACGCGGCGCCGUCAAGAUUACGGAUUUUGGCUUCUGCGCCAAGCUAACGGAACAGCGAUCGAAGCGUGCUACCAUGGUCGGCACGCCAUAUUGGAUGGCUCCCGAGGUCGUCAAGCAAAAGGAGUAUGGCUCCAAAGUCGAUAUCUGGUCGCUUGGCAUCAUGGCGAUUGAGAUGAUUGAGUCGGAGCCGCCGUACUUGAACGAAGAGCCGCUGAAAGCGCUGUAUCUCAUUGCGACAAACGGCACGCCGAGACUGAAAAAGCCCGAGAAGCUGAGCAAAGAAUUGAAGGCAUUCCUGAGUGUCUGUCUGUGCGUAGACGUCAAGUCUCGAGCAACAGCGGAAGAACUUGGACGACAUGAGUUUCUGCAGCAUGGAUGCUCGUUGGCGAGUCUGAGUGAACUCUUGCGUUUCAAGAAGGGAGGCGGACACUAAGAACACCAAGUUGACGACGGAAGACACUGUCUUGCUAUCACUGCCUGGUGUCUAGUAUUGAAACCACACGCAAAGACGACGGCAAGCGCAAGAGCAAAAUGAUCAUGCCAGAGCCGCCAUGCGGGUGCAUCAGUCGCAGCUUGGAGGUGGCUUGUUACCUGGGUUGAGCCGCGCAGAUGAUGAGGGGCCACGCCAGGCCACAGAAGAAUGUAAAGCAUGUUCUCGCAGAGACCUGAGAUUUUACAUUCGCGGCUGGGUAAUGCAAUGAAAUGAACAGGGAGAGUAAAGCUCGCUGUUGGCGUUUGAUGGAUAUGAAGUAUCAGAAUAAUGGGCUAACGAUUAUCAACAACUGCAAGGCAGUCACGUACGUAGCAAUGCGUUCGUCUCACAUAGACAGAAUGAAAAUCUACGGCAGUCACG